AUGACCUCCAAGCGGUGGUACCCCACAGCCCAGCUCUUACCAGACGGGCGGAUAUUCAUAGUGGGAGGGGCGAAUGUGUUUGGCAAUGUGGCUAUCAACUCGGUUCAGAACAACAACCCCACCUUCGAGUUCUGGCCCAGGAGGGAGGGCGAAGGUGAGCGACUGAGAGAAGCCCAGCUCUUACCAGAUGGGCGCAUUUUCGUUGUGGGUGGUGCAAGUGCGUUUGGCAACGUGGCAAUCAACUCGGUUCAGAACAACAACCCCACCUUCGAGUUCUGGCCCAGGAGGGACAGAGAAGGCAACUGCAAGCUCCGUUUCUUGGAAGAAAUUUCUGCCCGUCAACCUCUACCCCUUUGUGCUCGUGCUUUCUCUAACCUCUCCUUUUUCCAACCCUACCAUUCCCCUGAUGUUCCUUUCUCCACGGUUCACCACCCUUCAGGAAACUACAAGCUUCGUUUUCUGGAGGAAACUCUGCCCUACAACCUCUACCCGUUUGUUCACCUGCUUCCUUCCGGGCAUCUGUUCAUAUUCGCGGGGCAACAAGCGAUUCUGCUCAACUACACCACCAACACGGUGUACCGUACCCUUCCUCCUCUCGAUGUCUCUCGCUUCGGGCCAGCCAACACCAACAUAUUCCGCUCCUACCCUGUCACUGGCUCCUCGGCCAUGCUACAGCUUUCCUCAGCUGACGGGUACACGCCCAGGAUUCUCACCUGCGGUGGCAGCAGCAGCAAGGCAGAUCUCACAAACCGGGACAACCGCACGGGGGUGUGCCUUGGGUGUGCUGCCCCUGCUGAUGCCCAGACUCAUUUGUUUUCCUCACCCCUCCCACUCCCUCUCGCCCGUCCAGCUGAGGGGUACACGCCCAGGAUUCUCAUCUGUGGUGGCAGCAGCAGCAAGGCAGACCUCACCAACAGGGACAAACGCACAGGGGCGUGCCUUGGGUGUGCGGCCCCCGCCACAGCCACGUGUGGGCUCAUUGCGCCCAUGGACGCCAACCCUACAUGGACCUACGAGGUUAUGCCUGUUGCUCGUGUCAUGCCAGAUGCCGUGCUCCUAUUGGACGGCACGGUGCUGAUCUGCAACGGAGGCAGGAGGGGAUUCCAGGGGCUGAAGCAGACAUACGCUGGAGGGGACGUGAGGACUCCCACCAUCUACACCCCCUCGAACCCUCCUGGCAAGCGUUUUUGGCAGGUUCCAGAGUCAAGCCGCUACGCUCGCAUGUACCACUCCUCUGCUCUGCUGCUCUGGGAUGGCUCGGUUCUAAUUUCCGGGUCUAAUCCCAACGACCGCCUCACCACCAGGGGAACUUACCCUACUCAAUUCGCCGUUGACCGGUUUGCCCCGCCGUAUCUGCAGUGGGGUGUGCCCAGGAACGUGCUGUGGAAGGUACCCGCUACCGUUGCUUUGAAUACCCUCUUUUCAGUCCGGCUUAACACGUCUGUAAACACUCCACCAUCGCUCCCUCGCCUUAUCAAUCGCUUCCCAGCCGCAGCCAUGGCGUCUCUAGGCGCAUGCGGGAUCCAAUUCGCGCGGCGCUUUGUGAUUUUCACGCUUGUUCUGGCGUCGCUCGCUUGUAUCGGUCAAGCCAGCGAGAAUCUGGUCAUUGUCAGGGUAGAUCGUAAGAUCGACCUUCAGACCCAUCUUGUCCGCAACUCCGCGACGCUCAAGGUGGAGAACGCUGGGUCAACGCCCGUCUCCUCUGUCACCCUCGCGCUGCUCGUCCCGCCGCCCUCCCGCCUCGCAUUCGCCACAGCCGUUCUCCUCCAGGGCAAGGCCAAGAGCCGCACCUUCCAGGAGCUUCCCCUCACGCCCACCACCCCGGAAUCCCCGGUCGAAAACGCGAUUUACUUUAAAGCCCCGCUGCCCGCGCCGCUAGAGCCCGGGAAAACCGCGCAGAUAGAGUGCUACUUUGUGCUGAUUAACGCUCUCACGCCGCACCCGGCGGAAAUCUCCCAGGCGGAUCCGCAGCUGGUGCUCUUCCAGGAUUCGCACUACUUCACCUCUCCGUACCCCGUCCGAUCGCAGACCACCGUUCUCCGCCUCCCCAGCCACCAGAUCGAGUCGUUCACGCCGCUGGAACCUUCCAAGAAGGCGGACUCGGAGAUUAAGUUGGGGCCGUAUGAGGGGGUGGAUGCCGGGGCGGUAUCGUCGCUGUUGGUUCAUUAUGAGAACAACAGGCCGUUCCCGCUGUUUGAGCGCGCGGAGAGGGAGUACGAGAUUUCGCACUGGGGGAAUGUGUAUGUGACGGAGGACUAUCACCUCGUGCACUCGGGGGCGAAGCACACGGGCAUGUUCUCGCGUCUGGACUACCAGCACCGUCCCAUGGCCAUUGGAGUGUCGUCCCUGCGUGGGCUCAUGGCAGUGCUGCCGGAGAGGGCGCACACGGUGUAUUACAGGGACGAGAUCGGGAACAUCUCCUCCUCGCACCUCCGAUACCCGCCCAGAAAGGCCGAGCUGGAGAUCGAGCCUCGGUACCCGCUCCUGGGCGGGUGGUCCGUGACGUUCCGAGUGGGGUACAGCGUGCCUCUGGGCGACCUGGUUUCCAUCAGCACGGACGGCACUCGCGGUCUCAACGCCACCCUCGGCAGCCCCUUUGCUGACGUGCCCGUCAAGCAUUUGACUGUGAAGGUGGUGCUUCCGGAGGGCUCCUACGGCAUCUCUGCAGACGUGCCCUUCCCCGUGGGCAAGAGCACUGAGACCAAGUACUCAUACCUUGAUACCGUGGGGCGCCCUGUGGUGGUGCUGGAUAAGAGGGACCUGGUUCCGGAGCAGGGGAUUAUGCACUUCCAGGUGAAGUACAAGUUCUCAACGGUCGCACUCCUCACAGAGCCUCUCCUCCUCAUCCUGUUCUUCUUCCUCCUCUUCCUCCUUUUCAUCGCCUACACGCACUCCGAUCUCACCAUCUCCAAAACCGCCCCCGCCUACCUCGCCAAGCUUCACCACGAGGAGUUUCUCGACCUCAUCCAACGGCUCUCGCGCCUCGUGGCCGAUCGUGCGGCUCAAAUCGAGUCUCUGGACGCUGGGUUGGUGAAGCUCGGAAGGAGUGGGGAUGUGGCGGGAGCGAAGGCGGGCAGGAGGGCUGUUGAGGGGGAGUUGAAGGAGAGUGGGAGGGAGAUUGCUUCAGUGGUGGGGAAGAUUGAGGCUCUUCCCAAGGUUCCUGCUGGUACCCUGCGCACUGUGCAAACCCUUGUUGCGAAGGAUAAGGAGCGUGCAGAGAGGGCCGUGGCGAAGCAUACGGUGGCAGUGGAGGCAUACGAGAAGAAGACUCCUGCCAAGGAGAUUGAUGCUAAGAUUGGUCCGAUGCAGCAGCGACUGGCGGCUCUGAAAGCAGAGAUCAAGGAACUGGCGUUUGUCGCUUUCUCCGGUGUAACCAUGGCGUCUGUCGAGCCGCCUUCCGCGGCGGGAAUUGCACGCGCCACCGAAAAUUCCGGAGCCGCAGAAUCAGCGUCGUCUAGCCAAUACACCGAGUUUAAAGCCCAAACUUGGUACGACGUGCAGCGGAAUGCGCCCGCUGGGGGUAGUGACCUCCGCGGCGCGGGCGCGGGCGGAGCGGAAAGCGGAGCAGUGGCGGAAGGUUUUUCCGCGGAGGCGGUGCUCCGCCAGGCGGAGCAGCAGGCGGCGGAGCGCAGGCGUGGCGCAAGGCUGCGCGCCGCUCCCCCUGUGUAUUUCUUUCCGCGGAGAUCAUGGGUUGUGACUAUAACGAGAUACGGCGCGGUUGUGGCGGCGGGUUUGGCGACGGGAAUGGCGCUAGAGACAUGGAUCCGACAAAAAGUGGCAGAGGAUGGUGGCUAUGUCAUGGGGAAGAAGGGAGCUGCAAAUCAAUAG